AUGAGCGCGGAGGUGGGCAAGGAGGUAGCCCCCGAGCGGGUGAGCCCCCCGGGCGGGGUGGCCGGCUCGCCGACGAGCGGGGGGGCCGCCGGCGACGCGGCGCGCCACCUGCCGCCGUUCAGCAGCUUCGCGGAGGGGGGCCCGAUGGAGGGCGCGGGCGGUCUCGGCCUGCACGGCCAGGACCCGGGCCUGGGCCUGGCCCCCUCCUCCUGGGACUACUACGAGGGCCUGACGGGCCGGCUGAUCGACUCGCGCGGCGAGGUCGUCCUCGCGUCGCAGUACCGGCCCUGGGAGUCGAAGCACGCCGCGGCCGCGGCCGCGGCCGGCGGGGCCGGGGCGGGCGGGCCCGCCGGCGUCGCCGCCGCCGCUGCCGCCGCCGCCGCCGCCGCCGCCGAGGGACUGCCCAGCUUCGCCAGCCAGUUCACCGCGCCGAGCGAAGCCGAGCCCCAGCUGACGGCGCUGACGCCGCUCUCGCCGGCCUCGGUGUCGCACUCGCCGCCGGUCACCUCGGUGGGCCUGCCCAGUUUCCACACGCUGGGCACGCCGCUGCCGGCGCCCCACCCCCACCGGGGCCCGGUCGGCUACCCUCUGGUCCCGGCGCCCGUCCAGGCGCGCGAGGUGCCCGCCCUGCAGCAGCAGCUCCUCGACGAGCGGCACAUCCAGCUGCUCGGCUCCAGCCCCGUCCAGGCGUUCCCGCCGCCCCCGCCCGGCCACCCGCACCACGCGGUGCUCGCCGUCGUUAAGCCCGAGUACCCGCAGCUCCACCACGCCAACUUCCAGAACCCGAUGUCCACGGUCCUCGACUCGCCGACCUCCAGGGUGGUCGGCGUGGACGGGCGCAAGAAGGAGCGCAGAAAAAUACGCGCCGGCUCCAUGGAGUCCGAGGACGGCGCCAACGUCGAGAGCUCCGGCCAGGUCGCCGCCGUGUCCUCGACCGCCAACCGCGGCCCCCACCACCUCGCCAACGUCGGCGACGUCGACGGCGAGGGCGGCCUCGGCGACAAGCCCGCCAAGAAGAAGCGCAAGAGGUGCGGCGAGUGCAUCGGGUGCCAGCGGAAGGACAACUGCGGCGACUGCGCGCCCUGCCGCAACGACAAGAGCCACCAGAUCUGCAAGAUGCGCCGCUGCGAGAAGCUCACCGAGAAAAAACACCUGUAUCACCUGCAGACCGGCGAGGGGGCCUUCAGGGAGCGAGGGAGAGGCCGAGGGAAGGGUGCGACGAGGAGUUAUCGCAAGAUCGCCCGUCAAGUUAGCACGCCGGACAGUGCACCCGCGGGACUCGGCAGUCCUCAGGCGGGGAUCGGAGGGCUCCAGCAACACCAGCAACAGCCGGGGCAGCAGCAACAGGCCCUGCACCCGGACCCGAUGCAGCAGGCGAAGGACAAUCUCAACCCCGCGGCCAAUCAGCAACCGGGAUCACUCAGGAACGGAAACCCACCACCGCCGGUCGUGUCCAUGUCACCAGGAGUGAUGCCUUUCUACGGCGACAGUGGUGCUGGCUUCCGACCAGCCGCGGGAUUCGGGAACACGGUGUGGCACCAGGGCGUGGGUCCCGUGGGUGCGGUCACGGUGGAGACCACGCCGGCGGCCUGGCCCCCUCAGCAAUUCAUUCAGCAGAUUCCUGCCCCGAAUCAGCUGGACGAGCUGAGGUACCACAGCCAGUACAGCGCCGCGACGCCUUACCAUCCCCAGCCUGUCACGUAUCAGCAGCAGGCCUUUAUAACGACGGACCAGUCGGCGUUCCAGCGUGCUGGGAGCGCGGGACAAUACACAAUUACUGGACAGCCGUCGCCUCUGACGCCGGUGGCGCCGCAAACGGGGGCCGCGACACCUCAAAGGCCUCUCAAUGGCCAAUUUAUGGAUCCAGCGGUGACCGCUGGUCAGCCGGUUGGCUACGAGAGGCAGGAGUAUGUCAAUGGAUAUCAGCAGCAGGAUGUGACGAUGGCUCCGCCGCCUUCUACGACGCCCACGAGUCGGAGCAGCUCGGUCCACAUGGACGUGCAGCAACAGCAGACGUCCCAGCAGGGGAACCAGCAAGGCCAGCAACAGCCCCCUACGGACACGCAGGUGAAGGGUUUCGCCACGAUCGCAGCGACCAACGUGUCGGGAAACGAGAUGCCUGGGUAUCCACUUCAACCGGGCCCACAGAGUUUACACAGCUCUAACGGAUAUCCAGGCUACGUGGAGAUGGGUCAGCAGCAAGCACAGAAUCAGUGGCAGCAGUCGCAGGUAGCCCAGCAGCAACAACAGCAACAGCUGCAGCGGCAGGUAUCGGAUGCGAGUCAGCGUCACGUGUGGUCCGAUACCACUAGCAACGCGAAGAUGUCUAGUGUUAACGGAAUGACGUGGACGGACAACACCUUGCAACAGCAGGCUCAACAACAGCAGCUUCAGUCCCAACAGCAGAACUCUCAGCAGCAGCAACAGCAGCAACUGCAGAGUCAGCAGCAAAGCCUGCAGAACAGCUUGAAGCAACAGAACGAGCAGCAAGUAGCGCAGCUACAAGCCCAGCAGGAAUUGCCAAGACCGGCUAGUCACAUGAGCUGGGAGAACGGAAGUGUCAAGGAGCCUCAGACGCCGCAGUCAUGGUCGGACCCUGCCGAGAGCCAACAACAAACGCAGUCGCAGCAACAGCAAUCGCAGCAGCAGCAGUCUCAGGGAACGUGGCCUCAGCAGAGUCCGAAAUUAAGGGACGGUCAGAACUCGCGGUUGACACCUUCCUCCCAGCAACAGGCUCAACAGGGUUGGCCCCAGCAUUCGCCAAAACUGCAAGACCAUCAGGGUGCCCAACAGAACUCGAGAAUGACACCGUCCGGACAGCAACAUAACUGGCAGCAAAGUGGUUCGGAGAUUCAGGGUCAGCAGAACUCUCAACAGAAUCAGCGACUAACCCCGUCCGCACAGCAGAUGCAAUCGCAACAGCAACAACAGCAGCAGCAACAACAACAGUGGUCGCAGCAGACCAAGAUCGAGCAGAACCCGAGACUGACGCCUUCUAAUCAGAUGUCCUGGCCGGACACGCCUACUAGUCAACCGAAUUGGUCUCCAGGUAGCAUGAAAAGCGACGGGAGUCAGCAACCUCAGCAACAGUGGCCGGAUUCCCAGCCAAGUCCGAGAAGGACUCCGAGUCACCAGCCGGGGGCCUGGCAAACCCAGUCCAGUCAGGAAAGCAAACAACUGGACAACCAAAUGAGCUGGUCUCCAAGCUCAGGGUCUGAGAACAAUCAGCCUGGUUGGGGUCAACAGACCUCGAAACAAGAUAUUCAAAAUUCUGGGGAGAGAAUCAUGUGGCAGCAACAGAGCACUGAGAGUAGCAAGCAAAAUGGCUACCCCGAGAGUCAAGAGUCUCAGGAUAACAAUAUGUAUUCUCAGUCGAGUAGAGUAAAUUUGAAUAGUCGAUUAAAAACGAUGAUCCUGAAUAAGCAACAGCAGCAGCAGCAGCAGCAGCAACAACAACAACAGCAGCAGCAACAACAACAACAGCAGCAGCAACAACAGCAGCAGCACCAACAGCAGCAGCAGCAGCAACAACAACAACAGCAGCAGCAGCAGCAGCAGUUGCAACAUCAACAAAUGCAGCAACAACAUCAAAUAAGUCAUCAGGAACAACAGCAUCAUCAAAUGCACCAUCAAAUUCAGUCCCAGCAUCCCAACGGAAGCAGUGGGCCCAAUGGUGAAUUCCCUACUGACGACAGGAUACGAGAGUCCCACGAAAACGCGGAGAAACUCCAAGAAAAACGAACGGAACAAUACCUUAGUCAGUCGGGGAUGAUGUCCAUGGGACAAAGCAACGAAUCCAUGACCGGUAAUUUUUUAUUGCAUAGCCACCACCAUCGGGCCAAUAGUUUGCCCGACGGUGGUGGCUUAUGGGAAUGGACGGGAGGAGGGAAUACUAUAAACGGUCUCAGCAACGGUAAUAUUUUACCCGAAACUGGAAUAACGGCUAUUGAGAAUUUUAUGAAGUUUGCAACGGAAGAUAAGUCCGCGUUAGGAAGACCUUGUCAGAAGCAGCAGCAACAGCAACAGAGAGAUCAGACGGAUCAUCGAGAACGACAGCGACAGUGGAGGAGUCCCAAGUCUGUCGAGGAGCAGAACACCGAUGACAAGUCGUUUCAACAGAGAUUCAGUCUUCCGGAAAACGACGAUGCAGCUUUUCAGGAGUCACAGAAAACUCCAAGCGGAAUCAGCGGUACCGAGGAACGGAACGGCUGCGAGAAGGAAGAAGAGAUCGGCUUUCCAAAGUCCACCACCGAAGUUAAAAGCACGGAGACAAAUGAGACGUGCACGAGCGAGGGGCAGAGCGAGUCGUACGCUCUCGAGAAGGAGCAAGAAGACGCCUUCGUCUCCGAGACCGGGGAUAAAGCUUCGCCAAGGUUUCCGACACCUACCGAGAAUCAAGAAGAGAAGUUCGACUCCGAGCAAGUCAUCAAGCAAGAGACCGCCGAGUACGCCUGUUCGGAGCCGGGAAGUAACGAGUCAGCUGGUAUCCCGCAGGAGGAUGACAACCUGUCGAAGGUAGUAAAGAUCGAACCCGAUCAGCGCCCAGAAACGACAGCAAGCUACAUAUUCAGGGGUGACGGAGGUCCUGCCAAGGUCUCACCAAGCGUUGGUUCCUGGUGCUGUCGUCGAGGUGGAACCGAGCAACCGACUCCGGAACAUCUGAAGGAGGGUUGCUGCCAAGGGUUGCAAACCAGAGACGAGAUCUUGGCCGAUCCUCCUCAAAAGAACAACCCGGACGCGAAGAACGAAGGUCCCAACAGCCCACGAGGGACCACGCAGACCCAAUCUAAACUUCAGGAUCAUCUGGAUAAGCUGAAGAACAAUGUCAGGACCGAAGUGCCCGACUGCAACUGCUUCCCCGCUGACAAAUGUCCACCGGAGCCAGGGUCGUACUACACGCAUCUUGGAACGGCUGCCAACUUGUUGGAACUCAGGAAAGACCUCGAGAGGAGAACCGGACUGAAAGGGAAUGCCAUUAGGUUCGAGAAAGUCGUGUAUACCGGAAAGGAGGGGAAGACCACGCAAGGAUGUCCCUUGGCCAAGUGGGUGAUUCGUCGUUCAGGAGUUGAUGAGAAAAUCCUUGCCGUGGUGAAACACCGCCAGGGACACAAAUGCGCCACGGCGUGGAUCGUUGUUGCGAUGGUCGCAUGGGAAGGGGUACCAACACACGAGGCUGAUCGGAUAUAUUCUUUGUUGAGUCAUAAACUCAAUCGUUUCGGCUUGCCGACGACGAGGAGAUGCGGUACCAACGAGCCGAGGACGUGCGCCUGCCAAGGACUCGAUCCCGACUCUUGUGGAGCCAGCUUCUCCUUCGGUUGUUCCUGGUCGAUGUACUACAAUGGAUGCAAAUACGCCAGAAGCAAGACCGUCAGGAAAUUUCGGCUUUCGGUGAGAUCCGAGGAACAAGAGGUAGAAGAACGAAUGCACGUUUUAGCGACCCUUUUGUCCCCCCUCUACUUGAGCCUUGCACCAGAAGCUUUCAACAAUCAGACCCAAUUCGAACGUGAAGCCAGCGAGUGUCGAUUGGGGUUCAAACCGGGCAGACCUUUUUCCGGAGUCACUGCUUGCAUCGAUUUCUGCGCUCAUUCUCACAGGGACCUCCAUAAUAUGAACAACGGCUGCACAGUGGUGGUAAGCCUGACGAAGCAUCGGUUGCUGACCAAGCCUGAAGACGAACAAUUGCACGUUCUACCUCUGUAUAUUAUGGACGAUACGGACGAGUAUGGGUCGAAAGAAGGCCAGCAAGAGAAGGUUCGGUCGGGUGCUGUCGAAGUUUUAACAAAAUAUCCUUGCGAGGUGAGAGUACGUUCGGUACCGCUCCAGCCCUGCAGACGCCACGGGAAGAAGAGAAAAGAAGACGAGCCGGAUAUAGCUAGCAGCAAAAAGGACUUGGGAAAGGGUACCCCAGAAAAAAUGAUCGAGCCCAGUAGAACGCCAGGGCACCAGGAUCCAUCCAGGACGCCAGGACGAGAGUCGCAAUUAACCGUAGAAAUGGCUUCCAUGUUCGAGGGAAUGGACGCACAGUUGCAGAGUUCUCAGGUAUCCUCCACGGUUCUGGACAGUCCAGUUUCGAUGUAUCAGGGUUGGGGUUAUCAAGGCGAGCAGCAGUGGGGCCGGAGCGGUUGGUUGGAUCAGAGGAAGAACAACUGGUUAAAUCCUUGGAACGAGUACGCUUUCGGUGGGCUGGAGAGGGACGUCAAAGUAGACCCGGACAGCACGAGUUUGGACGACAUAAGACCCAGAAGUGCACUUUCACAGGAAGACCUCAGGCCAGGAUCCCGAAAUCUACCAAAUUCCACCGUGGAGUCUCCCAGGGGAAGCUACGCCCAUUCGCCAAGAGGACACCCAGUUUCGCCUAGAAGUUUCCAUCCGAGCACUCCGGGAGAAGCUUCGUACGCAGCCUCCCCUAGAGGCUGUUCUCAGACUCCUCAGGACCAGAAAAUCGUGUCGCCCAGAAGCUCGGGUUACCCUGGGACACCGGAUGCAGGGUACGGUCUCGCGUCGCCGUCCAGAAACUGUCAAAACGCAUUUGACAACAGACAAUCUAGCAUAUCUCCUAGAGUGGGUGGUUACCUUCAUUCCUCGUCUUCUCACCUGGAUGCAGUACAAAGAAACGCGUCACCUAGAAUAGGCCAUCACAUGACGUCGAACUCUUCGGAGGAUCUACAUAGGAAUCAGUCCCCAGGACUGCACAGGAAUAUCCCGCAAAACUGUAUGGACGGAUACUCGAAGUUCUCGAAUCAACACCGGUAUCCGGGAAAUUUACCGCAAAACUAUUUGGAGAUGCAGAACUCGAUGAAGUUGACCUCGCCGAAGUCGCAGAUGGAGCAACAUCUAGCAGCCAGGAUGCAGCAGCAAUACGCCCCCCAGGCUGUGCUGCAAACUACCAGGAGUCCUAAUUAUCCGAAUCAAUCCGUCGAUCCUAAUCCAGCGGAUCUGUAUCCUCCCAUGUCUGCAACAUCGUGCAUGGACGGAAACGGUCACAAAGGUUUCGGAGCGCCAAACUCUGACUUCCCGCUACACGGGUCGCUCCAUCUGGGUGACCAGCAUCAUCAUGGUCAGCAGAUUGAAAGUCAGGGUUUCGUGGGUAUAACCGAUCAGAAGAGGUUCACGAAUCGCCUUCAACGACCCCUCGACCCGAAGACGUCCGGUCCUAAUUACUACUCCCCGGUACCGUCCGAACAACCUGCUACAGGGUGUACGGUCAACUGGAAUCCAUUGCAUACAUGGGGUACGGAUACUAUGAAGUCUCAGAAUGGACAGGAUAGAAUGCAUUCCCACGUGGAUCAGCCCAAAACUCCAUCAUGGGCCGACCGGCAUCCAAACACCGAGCAGGCGAAAAAUGUCUGCUGGGACACUUCCGAGCCAUCGCCAUUCCGAGUGCCCAAGGGAAGACCGCCCUCGAGAACAGCUCCCAACCAGAACCUCCCGGAGUCGAACACCUUCCAAAACAACUUGGCGAAGACCUUCCUGAAGCCUCAAGAACCAGCGAAGGCCAGUCCAUACCACGAGGGUCUGGGAAACGGCAUGAAGAGCAACUAUCCCGUAGGUACCAACACCCAGAAGAGGCCAGAGUGGGCCGAGGCGAAGCUGCGAGAGGGUUUCCACAACGCUCGGCAGGAGAUUCCAACCUCGAAUCCCAGCUGUUUAGCUUGGGCCGAGGAGAUGAAGCAGGUGCAGGACUUCCACACGAUGUCGGGCCUGGGACACCACGCGUUCCCACCGUACGGCUAUCCCGCGUACCCGGUGUUCGAGAAGCCCUACCCGAACAGCUGGGAGGGGUACAACUUGCACCACCAGCCGUAUCCCCAGAGCCCGGAAUACGCGUCGCAGUUGUACCAGCAGCCGAAGCGCGAGCCGUGCUUCCACUCUCCUCAGUAUCCGUAUCAGGGUAUGGCAGGGCCUUAUCAAGGCGUAAAUCCAGGCUGGGCAAGGUGGGACGGGCCCAGGUGGGACAUUUACGGAGCGCCAUCUUACUUUCCAGUUAUCCCAGAGCCACCGCCUAAGGCCGAGCCGCUAGGGGAGGUGACCGACUACUCGGACAACGAGGAGUGCUUCAAGGACUCUCAGAUGGGCGGCGUGGCGAUCGCCCUGGGGCACGGUAGCGUGCUCUUCGAGUGCGCCAAGCACGAGAUGCACGCGACGACGGCUCUGCGCAAGCCCAACCGGCUGAGCCCGACCAGGAUCAGCCUGGUCUUCUAUCAGCACCGUAACCUGAACCGACCCAGACACGGCUGGGACGAGUGGGAGGAGAAGAUGCGCCUGCGGAAGCUGGGGGUCACUCCGAGUAGCUCGCAGACCACUCCGGCCACCCCCAGCAGCCCCGGCGCGUCGUCCAGCGCCGACAAACCGCCCCAACUGUCGCACGUCCCCAACGCCCCCAGCUCGCAGUUCAUGAUGAGGUCGCCCACGUACACCACCAUGACGUGGACCACCCUGUUCCCGAUGCACCCCUGCAUGAUAACCGGCCCCUACCAGGAGGGCGGGGCCAUCGGAUGAGUCGCGACCGGACGGUCAGGUUCCGGUCAGCGAUGACUGGGAAUCGUCGGACACGCAGCGUGCACGCGAGGCGGGGACCGGGUGAAGGCCGACCUCGCCUAGCGAGUGGACGUCCGCGGAAGCGGACGCGCCGGACCUGGACCGGGGAUCGAGGUCCGAGAAGCCGACCUCGAGCCCCAUCUCCGCCACCUCGCCGGACCAAUCUCGAACGGGGACUCUCCUCCACUUCUUUCGCCCGCCGACCAAUCCCCGGCCGCGAGGGAGGCCGUUCCUAGAUUUACACAUCCUUAAAUAAGUAGUACGCGAGUUUGACGAAGCAAGAAAGUCGCACUGCCAUUUUUCUACGCCACGCGUUGUGCCGUUUAUAUCCGGGGUAGACCAGGGGAGGAGAAACGAAACGUGGAAAACGAGGAUCGACACCGACUCGACGGAACGCAUCCACCUCGGUGGAUUUUAGCCCGAGCGGACCCAGUUUAUUCGGGGCUUCCCUUUUUAUACGGAUCUUUUGUUAGGCCGCGGUAAGAUAGGCGGUAGGCUGACGUCGGGCACGGCGACUGGGGGGAGGGAAACCGACCCGGAGACGGUAGGAGGCCGGAUAAAAAAUCGCAACCGAACGAGAGGGAAACUGCAUGAAGCAGGAGAACGACAGCGGGAGGGGCGCGGAUCUUCCGGAGGGCUUUCAGGGACCCUCCGGCACCCCCGCGCUCGGGGUCCGCUACGUCUUACCGUAGCAAGGACUUUGAUACGAUGUAGAUUUAAACGCGUAUUGACUGUACACUUUAAGUAAUAACGUUUCGUGUUGGUAGCACUGUAAUCUUAUUAGCUAGUCCAUGGCCCAGGUGAGACACGUACACGCACGGGGCACUCGUACACACACGGGGGGAGGGUUCAGCCGUCACACCAUUAAGCCACUACGCUCGCGUUACGUUACGUAACGCGAUUGAUAAUUAUGCCGCGGAGA